AUGGCGUUUGCUGGGACAAAUGUCAGUUUGUCCCAGCCGGAUAUAACGCAAAAACUGACGGAGCGCAUAGAUGAUCUGAAGCUGAGAAUCGCUGCUUGGGGAAAGCGGAUUCGGCGAUAUACCGAGAGGUCGACGCGGUUCAAUAAGAAUCGUCUCUUCCAGAGUGAUCAGAAGAGGCUCUAUGAAUCAUUGGAGCGACCAAUGGUAAGUGGAACGGGUCCAGCACCGAAUCAGGCCGACACUGUAGCAUUCUGGCGCGGCCUGUAG